GCCCCGGGAGCGCAGAGCGGCGGCGUUCGCCUGCGUCGCGCCGGAUCUGCAGACGGACGAGCGCCCCCACCCGCAGCGCCGCCCUCCGCCGCCAUGCCCUUCUCCAGCAGCCACAACGCGGUGAAGCUGAACUUCCCCGCCGAGGACGAGUACCCCGACCUGAGCUGCCACAACAACCACAUGGCCAAGGUGCUGACCCCCGAGCUGUACGGCGAGCUGCGCGCCAAGAGCACGCCGAGCGGCUUCACGCUGGACGACGUCAUCCAGACCGGCGUGGACAACCCGGGCCACCCGUUCAUCAUGACCGUGGGCUGCGUGGCGGGCGACGAGGAGUCCUACGACGUGUUCAAGGCGCUCUUCGACCCCAUCAUCGAGGACCGACACGGCGGCUACCAGCCGGGCGACGAGCACAAGACCGACCUCGACCCGGACAACCUGCAGGGCGGCGACGACCUGGACCCCAGCUACGUGCUCAGCUCGCGGGUGCGCACCGGCCGCAGCAUCCGCGGCUUCUGCCUGCCCCCGCACUGCAGCCGCGGGGAGCGCCGGGCCAUCGAGAAGCUGGCGGUGGAAGCCCUGUCCAGCCUGGACGGCGACCUGGCCGGCAGGUACUACGCGCUCAAGAGCAUGACCGAGGCGGAGCAGCAGCAGCUCAUCGACGACCACUUCCUCUUCGACAAGCCCGUGUCGCCGCUGCUGCUGGCCUCCGGCAUGGCCCGUGACUGGCCCGACGCCCGCGGCAUCUGGCACAAUGACAAUAAGACCUUCCUGGUGUGGGUCAACGAGGAGGACCACCUGCGGGUCAUCUCCAUGCAGAAAGGGGGCAACAUGAAGGAGGUGUUCACCCGGUUCUGCACAGGCCUCACCCAGAUCGAAACUCUCUUCAAGUCUAAGAACUACGAGUUCAUGUGGAACCCGCACCUAGGCUACAUCCUUACCUGCCCGUCCAACCUGGGCACUGGGCUGCGGGCAGGCGUGCACAUCAAGCUGCCCCACCUGGGCAAGCAUGAGAAGUUCCCUGAGGUGCUCAAGCGGCUUCGGCUGCAGAAGCGAGGCACAGGCGGUGUGGACACAGCUGCCGUAGGCGGGGUCUUCGAUGUCUCCAACGCUGACCGCCUGGGCUUCUCGGAGGUGGAGCUGGUACAGAUGGUGGUGGAUGGGGUGAAACUGCUCAUCGAGAUGGAGCAGCGGCUGGAGCAGGGCCAAGCCAUCGACGACCUCAUGCCCGCCCAGAAGUGAAGCCUGGGCCACCCCGCCCCCAAGCCUGCUGCUUCCUAACUUAUUGCCCGGGCAGUGCCCGCCAUGCGCCCCUGAUGUCCGCCAUCUGGCGGCUGAGCCCCUUAGCUCGCUGUAGAGACUUCCAUCGCCCUGGGUAGAGUUUAUUUUUUUGAUGGCUGAGCUGUUGCUGAUGCUGAAAUAAACUAGGGUUUUGGCCUGUGC